AUGUUUAACAAAGUUAAGAGAGGUAGAUUGAAGUCUCCAAAUAAUGAACAGCGGGGCGCCCAGCGGGAGGAGCAGCGGCAGCUGCGGCGCGCCGCAGCGCAGGACCAAGUGCGGGGCUUCCUGGAGAAGGAGGCGGCCAUCGUGAGCCGGCCCCUCAACCCCUUCACGUCCAAGGCCGCCGCGGGGCCCGGCGCAGAGAAUGCACAAGCGGGGCCCAGCGAGGGGCCCCCGGGCCAGGACAAGGAGAAGGCGCUGCCCAGCUUCUGGGUCCCGUCCCUGACCCCCGAGGCCAAGGCCACCAAGCUGGAGAAGCCGUCCCGCACCGUGACCUGCCCCAUGUCGGGGAAGCCGCUGCGCAUGUCUGACCUGACACCCGUGCGCUUUACGCUGCUGGACGACUCGGUGGACCGCGUGGGGCUCAUCACGCGCAGCGAGCGCUACGUGUGCGCCGUGACCCGCGACAGCCUGAGCAACGCGACGCCGUGCGCCGUGCUGCGGCCCUCGGGGGCCGUGGUCACGCUGGAGUGCGUGGAGAAGCUGAUUCGGAAGGACAUGGUGGACCCCGUGAACGGAGACCGGCUGACCGAGCGCGACAUCAUCGUGCUGCAGCGGGGCGGCACCGGCUUCGCGGGCUCCGGGGUGAAGCUGCAGGCGGAGAAGUCGCGGCCGGUGAUGCAGGCCUGAGUGCGAGGGGAGACCCACGAAUAAACGGCCCGGAGCGCAAAAAAAAAAAAAAAAAAAGUUGGAU